CUUGAAUUCCUCUUAUCCGUGUCAAAAGCAACAUUCCGUUGUGUGUAACACCAUCAGAGAUCAGUGGUUUACGGUGUGGUUCAAUUUCUGUGAAUGGGGUCAAGCUUUGGCGGAAUAUGGUCAGAGACUGUCAUAAAAUGUGUUUAGGAGUAGGUCUUUAGAACGACCAGUAACAUUCUCCUCACAUUUCGAGAAGCUCAAGCAAUGGAAACGUUAUUCUCUAGCAAGAUUCAUUGGAACUAAUGAUAACCAGGAGACUUCGGCCUCUCUUUGUGUUACAACUCCCACUCAAGAAUCACUUCCAACUGCUAUGGCGUGGUCGGGGGUUCAGGCGAUCCCACUCUUUGUCCCAUCGUGCUGUUUCUCCGGAUCUGGAAGUGACACUGAUUCGGCAAAUGGCUAUGGUUACAACCCCUUCGAAGUUUACGGCCUCAAGUUGGAUGGCAAGGAACCCCUGCCAAUGCGUCCAAAGGCGAAGGACAACAACUAUACGUCACUUCCGAUCAAGGCUGAGAGCGUUCAACAGACGUAUUGUGAAAACAACAACUCAAAGAUGAACCACACUCCUGAUCAGACCCCGAAUGGGAUUGGGAAGAUAUCGAACGGUCGCGCCAAACGGGUGUCCAUCUCUGAUGUUCUUUCAGUGACACAUUCCUCUAGUUGUCCGUCUUCGCCGUGCGCGUCUGGACGGCGAGCCAGUCAGCGUCCACCGCCAAAACCGCCACGCAUGCGUAGCUAUGCGGACAACCAGUACAACACCAUCGACUGUACUCGGCGAAUCUUAGACGAAUCCUUGAAAAGGGCGAUCAGGGAGAUUAAUACUCGACACGGGUCUUUGGGCCAGGGGAAACGGAGACUGGAACUGGCCGAGGCGGGGGAGUGGGUGGACAGUACUGGAGGUAACUUUGUGUCCUUGACCCCUAACAAGUUUGCAAGCAGCCGGACCAGUCUCCUGACUCUGCCCAUCGCUGAGAAGUACUCGCAAGUGUACUCAUUAUGCCAGGACGUUCUCCAACAGAUGUUGGAGCCUGAUGCGAUCCUUGGUCAGUGCGUGGAGCGUGGAUUGAUCACGCCAGAGACAGAACUAGAAAUCAUGGGUUGUCUGACGAAACAACGGCGGUCUAGUCUGUUGGUAGGCGCGGUCGUUGAUGACAAUCCGACUAACCUUGGACCAUUCACCGAAAUACUCCGAGAGGUCCCGAAUCAGAAGCACUUGGGUGAUUUAGUAGAGUGUUUGACCACGAUUAUACAGUCUGUGAUUGAUAUUAGGGACGAACAACUUAGGAAUGGGGUUUCUCCCCACUCCGGUAGCCAGGAGGACUUCCUGUCUCAGGAGGAAUGUGCAAUAUUCCAGAUUGAUAUAUGUUACUGUGAUACUGAGACUGGGGAAAGUGUAACUUUAGACGAGGCGAGAUAUUUAGACAAGAGCUUGGAGGAGGCGCUUGAAGACAUGGGGAAAAUUAAACGUAGGUCAUACUAUGAGAUGUGCGCAUUGCGAGACUGGAACGCGAACCUGACAAGUCAGAGUCGAGUUGUCCCUGUUGCAAAGGUGGAUUUGUACAACAGGAAGCUAGGCAUGGAAGGGGUUAAGUUUCUCUCGGGAGUGUUGCAGGACUAUAGUUGCAUCAGAGAGUUGUAUGUAGCAAAGAAUAAGAUAGAUAAGGACGGCGUUGAGUUAUUAAGCCGGGCGCUGGUCGCAAAUCAUGGAUUAGCGAAGUUAGAUUUGCGGCUGAAUGUGUUCGGGGACGACGGUGCCACGUUCAUUGCGGAAGCACUCCGACGGAACAAAUCACUCCGGUGUUUGAAUGUGACAUGCACAGGAUUAACUGGGGUGGGUAUGAACAGGAUAGCAGCAUCUCUGGCGAAAAACAACUCUCUAGCUGAGUUAGAUGUAGGGUUUAAUGAUCUUGCUGGUUCAGGAUGUGACUCGUUGGCAGAGAUUCUAAAAAACAACGCGUACACAAAACGUCUCCGAUUGCGCCAUACCAAUCUCUGUUCUGAAGGAUACUCAAAGAUUUUCAAAUCUCUGCGGAUAAACUCACGGUUGAGUAUGUUGGACAUCAGUGGCAACCGGAUAGGGGAUGACGGGGCGUCUAUCCUGGCCGAGAUCUUGCUCAGCAACCGGACACUCCUGGAGAUCAACUUGGAGAAGUGUGAGAUCACCAGCGUGGGUGCCGUAGCAUUGUCUCGAUCGCUCAAAGCCAAUACGACCUUGAAGACAAUGGACAUGAGCAUGAACACGAUCCAUGAUGAAGGGGCCACCGCCCUCGCGGACUCCAUGAAAUACAACCACACUUUAGAAUGUAUCUGUGUGAACAUGUGCGGCAUCGGCAACGCUGGCUUCAUCUCGCUGCUAAACGCUUUACGCGUCAACACGUCCAUAACGGUGCUAAAGAUCUGUUAUAACGUCCUGGGACACGAGGAACAACCCGAGGAGAUCGAGAGGUACUAUCUGACAUUGGAGUCUGUGUAUGAGAAGCUGAGCCAGGUCCUGCGGACGCGGCCAGAGGUGAAACUCCUACUCUGGGGCAACCGUCUCGACGAGACAUUCCUCUCAGACGACGUCAAGCUGACGUGAGAGAACCAGAGGUUAAUGUCUUCGAAGAUUGACCUUAAAAACCCGGGCGCAGUCGUUCCGCCGUCUUUGAUUUCUACGAUAGUUUGAUGGUGACUAUAAACGUCAUCUCGGUUAGUCAAAGACAGUAGAAACUGCUCGUCUCUGGUCCUCCUGACGGCCUGAGACGAAAUCCUACUCUAGUCGUCGGCCGACCGCGAUGCCUUUUUCACACACGCUUAUGCCGGGAUAGAUCUAUCCACCCGUUGGUAUAUCACGUGGUUGCAUUCAGUUUCAGAUCAUUAGAUAUUAUUUAUGAUGCCAGGCCUAAUAAAAUAAUUGUGCCUAAUACGAUAUGUAAUUAUGAAUAACAUAUUCAAAUAGUGUUAUGUGCAGGUCUGAUAGUUGCUUUAGAUAGCCGUAACAGCUCCUGGCCGAUUUCACCGUAUCGGAACAGAUGCCAGUAUGUUGUCUUCACGAGGUAGGCCUACUGCCUCUUCACAAAUUUCAUUAUUUGUUGAAAUGAUGAUGUUGUUGGUUGUGUACAUAGCUGUAUAUUUUGCAUCAUGUAAUAAAACUCUAGUCACACCCACCGAUUGUUCAUUCUCU